AUGGCCUGCGUGGCACAAAAAGCCCAGUGGGCCCUAGUGGCACAAAACAGCCAUGGCCUGGCCUGCAGAGCCCCAAAAUCUGCUUUCUUGACCGUUGGCCCGGUUCCGCAGCAUUUGAUCACGCGCCUCAGUCCUUUACGACAUCCUGACGGUCUUCUGAGUUCGAUGUUGGGUCUCAAGUUUGUUGUCGUUCCUGCUCACCUUAAGAACGGCAUUCUGACGCUGACGUGCACAGCUUUCAUCUCAAAAGCCUACCUGACGACAAAGAGCGAGAUCGUUGCUACAAACAAACCGAAGAUCGCUGAAAACCACGCAACUGUUAGCCAGGAUGGGCCAAUGAUAACUGGUGGCCGCCUAAGAUACCAAGAAGGCAAUGUCGUCAAUGUGAAUUGCACUGCUGUGAAAAGUCACCCACCCGCAGAGUUAAGAUGGUACAUCAAUGAUAAAGAGGCUAACAGAGACUACUUGAGAUCUUACCUUCCCAUCCGUUACCCAGAUGGUCAGGAAUCUACCCUCCUUGGAUUGAGGUUCACAGUCCAACCACGUCAUUUCCAGAAAGGUGAAAUGAGACUCAAAUGUAUGGCCACAUUCUUCAAGGUUACCAAAAAAUGCAGCGAGGACAUGAUCAUCAGUAGUCGGCAGGAAAGUCAAGGACUUACUGUUGUCAUCAACAGAAAUGGCGCAGAUGGUAAGAAUACUAUUCAGACCCUUCUGUGGCUUUUGGCUUAUGUGGUCAUCUUAAUGUGCUUGCGGUAGCAGAGCAAAAGCAUUGAGAGCCCCAUUCAUCAUUUCACUGCUGUGCAGUGGAUAUUGUUAUGACUCUGUGAUUGGAAGUGUGUGUUCCUCCUCCCAGUACCAAGUAUUCAUCACACAAAACAUCAUGAUAUUGUUGGCUGAAACCAAUCUAUAGAACCUUAUUGUAGAUAAACCAACGAGUGUUAACUGAGCCUUCCACGAAACCUGUGAAUGUCUCACCAGUGAUUGUGGAAAAUGUCUUAAAAAUACGUGUAAAGCAUGGACUUUCUGCACUAAUACAAAUUUGUGGGAUUUAAAAACUCUAUAAAGAUCUUAUGGACUACAGUGCGGCAGUUUUAGAGGCUGAGUAUGUUUUGCACCCUGUAUAUAUGACCAAAUAUAAAACCUUUUUCUCUUUC